AUGAAGAAGACAUGCAAUUUGCUGAGGAUUUUGAACUAUACACCAGACAUGGAACCAGCUGAUGUAGAUGAAGCGAUUGAGAAGGCUUGGAACGUCUGGAGCAGCGUGACCCCACUGAAAUUCACCAGAGUUUAUGAAGGCAACGCAGAUAUAAUGAUCUCCUUUGUGGCUGGAUUUCAUGGUGACUUCUUUUCCUUUGAUGGACCGGGUAAAACUCUCGCUCAUGCCUUUGCACCGGGCGAAGGUAUUGGUGGAGAUGCCCACUUUGAUGAGGAUGAAUACUGGACAAAAGAUUUGAAAGGACACAACCUGUUUCUUGUUGCUGCUCAUGAGUUUGGCCACUCAUUGGGUCUUGAUCAUUCAAAUGACUUUGGCUCCUUGAUGUAUCCAAUUUAUACGCCGAUGGAUACCAGAAACUACAGGCUCCCUCAGGACGAUGUUGAUGGCAUUCAGAGCCUAUAUGGACCCCCAGCCUCUACUGAGCCACCAGCUUCCACACCACCCACAGAAACACCCACAGAAACAUCAACCACAGACAUCUGUGACCCUCAGAUGACUUUUGAUGCCAUCACCACCCUCCGUGGGGAAAUAAUAUUCUUUAAAGACAGGUACAUCUGGCGCAAGAGUCCUUAUUUCCCAGGUAUUGAGCAUGAUUUAAUUUCUUCCUUCUGGCCAACGCUACCUUCUGGCUUUGAAGCUGCUUAUGAAAUUGACAAAAAGGAUCAAGUGUUUCUUUUUAAAGGCAACCAAUACUGGGUUGUCAGUGGAUAUUCUGUACAUCCAGGUUUUCCUAGGAACAUCCACACCCUGGGCUUUCCAAGAUACGUUAAGACAAUUGAUGCUGCUGUUUAUGAUGAGAAUAUAAAAAAAACGUACUUCUUUGUAGGUGACAAGUAUUGGAGUUAUGAUGAAGUCACCGAAUCCAUGGAAAAGGGUUAUCCAAGACGCAUAUCAGUUGACUUUCCAAGAAUUGGCAAUAAGGUUGAUGCUGCUUUUCAGGAAAAAGGAAAUUUCUAUUUUUUCCAUGGCUCAAAGCAGUAUGAGAUAGACACCAAGUCCAAGAAAGUUAUUCGUGAAAUGCAGAGAAAUAGUUGGUUUGACUGCAAAUAAGAGCAGACACACAAGGCAAAAGAAACAGAAUCCAAUUUUGUAUGCACUAGAGAUGG